UCGGGGUAAAAAGGAUCACGGACCCAAAACACCCGGUGGAGGAGAUAAACAAAACAAAACCCAACCCUCCCAAAAAGUGUUCUGUUUCUCUUCAAAAAAUUUGAAUUCAAAUCCAGAAAAUCCGAAACUCUUUGAUUUUCAUGGAAAUUUCCUCAGUUCCGAUCAGUUCUUGCUCCAAAGAGCACCAGAAAAUCUACCGGGAGUGGUUUCAGUUAGCAGAUUCAGAUAAUGAUGGCCGCAUUACGGGGAGUGAUGCUAUUAAGUUCUUCGGCAUGUCCAAUCUGUCUCGGCAAGAUCUCAAGCAGGUGUGGGCGAUUACCGAUUCAAAGAGGCAGGGUUUUCUUGGUUUCACUGAGUUCAUUACUGCCAUGCAGCUAGUUUCUCUUGCACAAGCUGGACAUGAGAUUACAAAUGAUUUAUUGACCAGCAAUGCAGACUUGGAGAACUUGAAACCUCCUGUCAUGGAGGGGUUGGAUGUGUUAUUAGCGAAAAAAAAGCGUUCGAACAAGACAAAUGAGAACGAAGUAAACGGUACUCCUGUGGUGCAACAAUCACCUUCAGCACUUUGGUUUUCUUCAAAAUCAGCAAAAAAGGUUCCGCUCUCUGCUGUAACAUCAAUUGUUGAUGGGUUGAAGAGAUUAUAUAUCCAGAAGCUGAAGCCAUUAGAAGUUACUUACCGGUUUAAUGAUUUUGUAUCUCCAUUACUGACAAACAGUGAUUUUGAUGCCAAACCCAUGGUUAUGCUUUUGGGUCAAUACUCCACUGGGAAAACAACAUUUAUUAAACAUUUGCUUAAAACUAGUUAUCCAGGAGCUCACAUUGGUCCUGAGCCUACAACAGAUAGAUUUGUUGUUGUUAUGUCUGGACCUGAUGAAAGAAGUGUUCCUGGGAAUACUAUUGCGGUGCAAGCUGACAUGCCAUUUAGUGGUCUCACAUCUUUUGGAACAUCAUUCUUGUCAAAGUUUGAGUGUUCCCAAAUGCCACAUUCUUUGUUGGAGCACAUCACAUUUGUAGAUACUCCUGGCGUUUUAUCUGGAGAGAAGCAACGAACCCAACGAGCCUAUGAUUUUACUGGAGUAACUUCAUGGUUCGCUUCAAAGUGUGACCUCAUUCUACUUUUGUUUGAUCCUCACAAACUUGAUGUGAGUGAUGAGUUCAAGCGUGUGAUUUCAUCUUUGCGUGGUCAUGACGAUAAGAUCCGCGUUGUACUCAAUAAGGCAGAUCAAAUCGAUACCCAACAAUUAAUGAGGGUUUAUGGAGCAUUGAUGUGGUCCCUCGGAAAGGUUCUGAAUACUCCUGAGGUCAUGCGAGUUUAUAUUGGAUCAUUCAAUGACAAACCUGUAAAUGAGGCUGCUUCUGGUCCAGUAGGGAAAGAACUCUUUGAGAGAGAACAAGAGGAUCUUCUUUCUGACUUGAAGGAUAUUCCUAAGAAGUCUUGUGAUCGCCGGAUCAAUGAAUUUGUUAAGCGUGCCAGAGCUGCCAAGAUACAUGCUUACAUUAUUAGCCAUUUGAGAAAAGAGAUGCCUGCUUUGAUUGGGAAAGCCAAGACUCAAAAGAAACUUACAGAUAAUUUGGAAGAUGAGUUUAAAAAGGUUCAAAGGGAAUUUCAUCUACCUCCAGGGGAUUUUCCGAAUGUUGAGCAAUUCAGGGAGGCCUUAAGUGGUUACAGCUUUGACAAUUUUGAGAAAUUGAAGCCUAGUAUGAUAAAAGCAGUUGACGACAUGCUGGGUUAUGAUAUCCCAGAGCUUUUGAAGAAUUUCAGAAAUCCAUACGACUAAUGGGUGUUGGAAUUCUUAGAAGUUUCUUGAACUAAAGCUGCUUUGAAGCGUACAUGUUGAAAGGAGGAUUGCUCUUCUUGAGCGUCUUGGUUACUGCUGUAAUUGAAUAUGAUUCAGGCCUUCAGCCCUUACUGUAGUCUUUUCCCGAGUUUAGAUCGAUGUCAUUGUAGAAUAUUCAUAGGCUCUUUAUUUUGUAAUGCCAAUUUUUGUUUUCGGGGGAACACUCAAGGGACGGAGGGCUGAGAAAGGUGGGAGUUGUUAUUUUGUUACAAUGUAUUCAUUCCUCACAAACAAUUAUGAUGUAACGAAGGCAAUGUAACACAAAACAUUGUUGUUUCCUACAAUUAUUACAAACCCUUGUGGAUUAUAAUUAGUUAAGCAUC